CCUCGCAACCCAAACUUCCUAUUCCUAAUAAAUCCCUGAACCAUGAUCUGAACUAUACAUAUUGUUACACUCUCUGUUCUUUUCUUAUUUAAUGCCUUUUUUCUUUUUAAUUUCAAUCUGCGAUUCCGGUCAAACCUGCUCAUCAAUCCUUCUUACUUUCCUGUUUUAGAGAUCCCCGCACUUCUGAUACAUUGAACUUCAUCCUGUUUUCCACUUCUUUACCGUGUGCCCAUCCCUGCCGAUGUUUUUUCUCACCAUCUGGAUACGGUUCUGUGAUUGAACUUCUGAGAUUUUCUUCUGAUCUGAUGUCUUUCUAGUGUUAUUUCUGAAAUUCGUGCUUGCCUUCAAUUUGAUAUUUAUGUUUGACUUUCUGCUAUCAAGGUUGAUUUCACGAUGGAUAGUUUCUCGUAUUUUCACUUAUUCGGAUGGAUUGUUAUUCUAAGUUAAUGUUCCGAAUAACUGGAUUUUAGAAGAUUACUGAUUCCUCAUUAUUGGAGUUUCAAAUACCGAAUCAAGUCAUGGAACAUCUAACCCCUAUAUUGUAAUAGGAGAUGUUGAAAUUGAGGCCCGUAUUGUUUUAUUGUAUUUGGGAAGAGUUUAAUAGAGAAGCUUUUGUGACAAUGCCAAGAAUGUUUUAGAACUUGUUUCAUCCAAGAAUUUUGGCACUUCUAUGAAUUGACUGCCUCAAUCCUCUUAUUUCGUCAGAUGUUUUUCCAAUUAAAACCCUUCGCCCCCUCUUGGUUAAAUGAUUUGAAGUUGAUGUGGUUUAGUGUCUAAGCCAUGUCUCAUGCUUAUGUAGUGAACAUAACUUAUCGGCUGUGAACCCUCAUUACUGUGGGUAUUUUAAAUUUCACAUUAUCUGAAGUCCACCAGUUCUCUGGAAAAAAUGUUGGGUGGCAACAAUGGCAAUGGCUUGCUUCCCGUUUUUCAGGAUGAAAAUCGAAAUCAAUAUCAAACUAAUGCUUCUGGCCAGCUGCAGUUGUUUGGGAGUGUGCCUGUUAGCUGUGGAAUUGAGCCUGUUAAUUAUUUUGGAAGUGAGCAAUUGGCUCAUAUGCUUCGCCCUAACAAAAGAAGUAGGGAAAUAGAAGAUUUCUCAUGGCAGCAGAAGCUUCAGAUUUCCUUAAAUUAUAAUGCCUGUCAAGAUGAUGCUGAUCGUUCAGCAAGCAUUAGAAACCCAAAUGCUGUAUCAACAGGCUUGAGGCUAUCGUAUGAUGAUGAUGAACACAACUCCUCUGUUACCACUGCAAGUGGAAGUAUGGCAGCUGCACCUUCCAUUAUCUUUUCGCUUGGUGAUAAUAUCAGGACUGAGAUUGAUAGACAGAAGGAAGAAUUCGAUCAAUAUAUUAAAAUUCAGGAGGAACAUUUGGCAAAGGGUAUUAGGGACAUGAAGCAAAGACACAUGGCUUCCUUUCUUAGUGCGAUUGAGAAAGGAAUUGGAAAGAAACUACAUGAGAAGGAUGUAGAAAUUGAGAGCAUGAACCGUAAAAAUAGAGAACUGGUGGAGAGAAUAAAGCAGGUUGCCACUGAAGCCCAAAAUUGGCAUUGCAGAGCGAAGUACAAUGAAUCAGUAGUGAAUGUCCUGAAAAACAAUCUUCAGCAUGCUAUCUCGCAGGGUGCCGACCAAGCGAAGGAAGGGUUUGGAGAUAGUGAAGUGGAUGAUGCUGCAUCACACAUUGAUCCAAACAAUUACCUUAAUGUUCAUGGUGGGACUAUGAAAUCUUCAACCAGCAAUUUACCAGGUUUCAAGGAGCACAUGAUUUGCAAAGCAUGCAAGGCUAAAGAGGUUUCCAUCCUACUUAUGCCUUGCAGACAUUUAUGCUUGUGUAGAGAUUGCGAUGGGCUUGUAAAUGUCUGUCCUGUCUGUCAGUUGAUCAAAACGGCUGGUAUCCAAGUGUACUUGUCCUAAAUUAAAAUCUUACCAAAGCGCCAAAGAAAAUCUUGUUUUCCUUCCGUCUGUAUGAUAUAUACCUUCACUUUUUUUCAAAAUCACUCAAGUGAACGCUGAUGUUACUCGUUGGAAAAUUGAGUUUGAAUGGUUGAAAACCUGGGGUCUUAUCGGACUCCUUGUCUUAGCAUG